CUGCAGCCUUCCUCCUCCCUGCACUGAACCAGUGGUUGCUGCGGAGAACUCUUAACUGCACGUUACAACAUGAGUAAGGAAACGGACUCAAAUUCUUCAUUUGAAUGGCCUCGUCUGCUGAGUUAUAACGGGACAUACAAGUACCUCUACUUAGAAGGCAAUGUCUCUUACGUGGACUUCUACCAUCAUCAGCCUUCAGUGGCAGCUGUCUUCAUUGUCUCUUACCUCCUCAUCUUCCUGCUCUGUAUGGUUGGCAACGGAGUAGUCUGCUAUAUUGUUCUGAGGAGCAAGCAUAUGCGAACAGUCACAAAUCUUUUCAUCUUGAACCUGGCUGUCAGCGAUUUACUGGUGGGAAUCUUCUGCAUGCCCACCACCCUACUAGACAACAUCAUUGCAGGAUGGCCAUUUGGGAGCAUGGUUUGCAAGAUGAGUGGGAUGGUCCAAGGAAUCUCUGUCUCUGCUUCCAUCUUCACUCUGGUUGCAAUUGCUGUAGACAGGUUUCGAUGCAUCGUUUAUCCAUUUAAGCAGAAGUUGACCACCUCAACCGCUAUCAUCAUUAUAACAGUCAUCUGGAUUCUGGCCAUUGCAAUCAUGUGUCCUUCAGCAGUCAUGCUGCAGGUACAAGAAGAGAAGCAUAUAAGAGUAAUCCUUGGCUAUGGCAAUGAAACCCGCCCUGUAUAUUGGUGCCGGGAGAACUGGCCUAACCCAGGAAUGAGAAGGAUCUAUACAACAGUCCUGUUUGCUAAUAUCUACCUUGCUCCCUUGUCACUCAUUGUUAUUAUGUAUGCUAGGAUAGGCAUUGCUCUCUUCAAUACAGCAGUGCCUACAGUGGGAAAGCACAGCCAGGAGCAGCGACACACUGUGUCCAAGAAGAAACAAAAAGUCAUCAAAAUGCUCAUUAUUGUGGCUUUGCUUUUCACCCUGUCCUGGCUUCCAUUGUGGACUCUGAUGAUGCUCUCAGACUAUGCCAACCUGUCAAAUAUCCAGCUGCAGAUCAUCAACAUUUAUAUCUACCCUUUUGCCCACUGGCUGGCAUUUUUCAACAGCAGUGUCAACCCCAUUAUCUAUGGUUUCUUUAAUGAAAACUUUCGCAGAGGCUUUCAGGCAGCCUUCAAAUUUCAGCUCUGCUCUAAGGACAUCAUUCAUAGGGAGGUCUACUCCCAGCGAGGCCAAAGCAAUGCCAUUUUGCCAGUUGCCAACUACCAAACACCCCAGGAUCAAGCUUGUCAAGAUGUCAAGGCAGAGAGAAAGACAAUUAGGAAAGGAAAUUGGAUGAAUAACCAGCAGGAUUUGAAGAUGGAGGAUCUUGAAGAGCCUUAGAACAACAGUAUGAAAUAAAGCAUGUUAUGUACUCUCUAGAAGAUGUCCAACAAUUUCUUUACUGGGUUGUGGAAUUCAAGCUCUGUAAGGUAUUUCUAUUUCUAAGAAAAGAAAUAAUGUCAAGACAUUUCUGUUUAGGAAGUGAUAUGUAACUUGCAAAACAUUUAAGUAUUUGACACAAGGAAGAAGCAACGUUAAUCCUUCUCUAUCACCAGUUUAAACCAGGGACAAACUCUCCAGAGUGAGUGAUGACCCACUGCUCUUGCACUGGACUAGAGCAAAGUCCUGAUUACAAUGGGAUUAUCUCCCCUUUAUCGUGAAUUAAAAGAAAAAGAGUACUACAGUUAUAUACCCCAAUUUCUUAGAAUGGCUGAAAUAGGGCUGUGUGUACAAUAUUUGUGGUAACAAUUCAGCAUGUAAGGCUGGCUGUUACUAACACUUACAAUCUUCUUGCAA